AUGAAGAAAGAAUUAUCGUUGAAAACCACGCUAGACAGUCACAGGAGUGAUGUAGUCGCGUCUAGUCGAGAUGCGCUUGAGCUCGCCAAAGUGGGAAAGCGAGAAGUUUUGAAGCGAAGAUUUGGCCUAGCAAGCACUGUCGGGCUCGCAUGUACUUUGAUGUUGACAUGGGAGGCGGUCAUUAUGAACAUUGGCUUGGGGUUGACAGACGGAGGGCCGUCUGGCCUGGUGUAUGGCUACAUCGUCAUCUGGCUCGGUUUUACGAGCACUUAUACAGCCAUGGGUGAAUUGGCGAGCAUGUUUCCUUCGGCCGGCGGACAAUAUCAUUGGGCAAAUAUUCUUGCGCCCGAGUCGUCAAAAAGAUUCCUUAGUCACGUCACCGGCUGGAUAGCGGCCCCUACAGCAGCCAUUUAUCUUUCCGGGAGCGUCCUUCAGAGCGCUGUGGCCAUGAACGAUCCUGACUACGAACCGAAAGGAUGGCAUGUCACCUUCAUUAUGUGGGGGAUUCUGCUCUUUUGCGCGAUUUUAAACACAUGGCUGGGGAUGAUUUUACCGGCCGUGGAAAUACUUAUUCUUAUUGUCCAUGUGAUGGGCUUUUUCGCCUUCCUUAUACCACUUCUCGUUAUUGGGCCUCGAGCUGACCCGAAAUCGGUCUUUAAUCUAGCUUUUGAUUACGGUGGCUGGACGGAUAUCACAUUGGCAACGCUCAUUGGCAUGAAGGGAACAGUUGCUGCAUUUUUAGGUACCGACGGUGCCGUCCAUAUGGCUGAAGAAGUAGCAAAUAGCACUCUUGUCGUGCCCCAGUCCAUGCUAUUUGCAAUGAUCAUCAACGGAGUUCUCGGCUUCGCCAUCCUCAUCGGCUUCUUAUUCACUGCCGGAGACCUAUCCACCAUUGUGGAAUCUGAUGCCGCAUAUCCAUUCAUGCAAAUUCUAGCGAGUUCCACAAAGAGCAAAGGCGCCGCGAUUGUGCUUUCGAGCAUGCUUGCAGUCCUGCAAGCCUUUGCGGGUCUCGCUGCGCUUUCAUCUGGGAGUCGCAUGCUAUGGUCUUUUUCGCGAGAGCAAGCGAUUCCAGGCUGGCGCUGGAUCGUUAAGGUAAAUCGACGCACAGCAGUCCCCUUCAAUAGUACCUGUAUGGUCGUCAUCGCUGGUGGUCUGGUCAGUUUGAUCAACAUUGGAUCAUCAGUCGUCCUCAACAUCGUUUUAUCUCUAGUUUUAGAAGCGUUCUUCUCAUCGUACAUCAUCUCGUUAUCCCUUCUGCUGUACCGAAGACUGAAUGGGGACAUUUCAACGCCUGACCAGAAUGCCGAAAGCCGCUUUGUAUGGGGCCCUUUCCGAAUCAAGGGCUGGCUUGGAGUGGUGAACAACGUCUUUGCAAUUGGAUUCUCCGUGGUAAUGUUUUUCUUUGGGUGUUGGCCGCCGGUGGUUGAUCCAGCGCCAGCAGAGAUGAAUUAUAGUAUUGCUAUCUUUGGUGGAGUGACGAUUCUGGCCGUGUUGUAUUACCUCGGGUGGGCCAGGAAGUAUUAUCAGGGGCCUGUAACUGAGGUGCAGGUUGCUAGUUAG